AUGGCGACAGCCUCCCCUUGCAACACGUGGGGCCUGGGCCUCAUGCAGCAAACCGCUCACAGCUACAUCGAACAAGGCAAGCCGCACCUGGAUGAAAUCUUUAAUGCCUUCUGGGCCAAACUGCAAGCCAGAACACAGCAGCUAAAACAGCCCAUACCAGAGUUAAGAAACCGCACAGUGCUGAAGCAGGGGAAAUCACCUGUGGGCAAAGAACCUCCUACCCAUACUGCAGCGACAAACCGCCAUCACAGGCUGAAACCUCCCGAGGCACAACAGGUAGAUGCCGACCAAACCGGCUGA